GGCUCUUCCUGGUUUUUAGGCAGAAGACUGGUAUGGGGAAAUCUGUUCCUUGCUAAUUCUUCCAAGCCAUGGCGCUUCCCAACAAUUUCUUCCUUUGGUUUUGCUGCUUUGCCUGGCUCUGUUUUCCUAUUAGCCUUGAUUCUCAGCCUUCUAGGGGAGAAGCUCAGAUUGUAGCUAGGACUGCGUUGGAAUCUGAGGCUGAGACUUGGUCCUUCCUGAAGCAUCUAGAUGGGAGACACAGACCUGGUCUCCUUUCCCCUCUCUUAAAGGUUCUGUAUGAUGGGCACAGGGAACCCUCCAGGCUUCAGCCAGAUGACAAAGCUUUGAGCUACAUGAAGAGGCUCUAUAAAGCAUACGCUACCAAGGAGGGGACCCCUAAAUCCAACAGAAGCCACCUCUACAACACUGUUCGACUCUUCACCCCCUGUGCUCAGCACAAGCAAGCUCCUGGGGACCAGGCUGCAGGAACCCUUCCAUCAGUGGAUCUGCUGUUUAACCUGGAUCGUGUUACUGUUGUGGAACAUUUAUUCAAGUCAGUCUUGCUAUAUACUUUCAACAACUCCAUUUCUUUUCCCUUCCCUGUUAAAUGUAUAUGCAACCUGGUGAUAAAAGAGCCAGCGUUUUCUAGCAAGACUCUCCCUAGAGCUCCAUACUCAUUUACCUUUAACUCACAGUUUGAAUUUAGAAAGAAAUACAAAUGGAUUGAGAUUGAUGUGACAGCUCCUCUUGAGCCUCUGGUGGCCUCCCACAAGAGGAAUAUUCACAUGUCUGUAAAUUUUACAUGUGUGAAAGACCAGCUGCAGCAUCCUUCAGCACGGGACAGCCUGUUUAACAUGACUCUUCUCGUAGCGCCCUCACUGCUUCUAUAUCUGAACGACACAAGUGCUCAGGCUUUUCACAGGUGGCAUUCCCUCCACCCUAAAAGGAAGCCUUCACAGGGUCCUGACCAGAAGAGAGGGCUGUCUGCCUGUCCCAUGGGAGAAGAAGCUGCUGAGGGUGUAAGAUUGUCCCGUCACCGGAGAGACCAGGAGAGUGUCAGCUCUGAAUUGAAGAAGCCUCUGGUUCCAGCUUCAUUCAAUCUGAGUGAAUACUUCAAACAGUUUCUUUUUCCCCAGAAUGAAUGUGAGCUCCAUGACUUUAGACUUAGCUUUAGUCAACUGAAGUGGGACAACUGGAUUGUGGCCCCACACAAAUACAACCCUCGAUACUGUAAAGGGGACUGUCCCAGGGCGGUCGGACAUCGGUAUGGCUCUCCAGUUCACACCAUGGUGCAGAACAUCAUCCAUGAGAAACUUGACUCCUCAGUGCCGAGACCAUCCUGUGUACCUGCCAAGUAUAGUCCUUUGAGUGUUUUGGCCAUUGAGCCUGAUGGCUCAAUUGCUUAUAAAGAAUAUGAAGAUAUGAUAGCCACAAAGUGUACCUGUCGUUAACACAGACUCCUGUCAAGUAAAACCGUGAGUGUCCUGGCCAGUGUAAAUGCCGUGCACCUGUCUGUGCCUUUGGGAGGAAGUUUCAUGUGUCAAGUCGCUAACUGUACUACAGUGUGUGUUGUGUAAGGAGGACCCUGUAUAGAUUAGCAUAUUCUGUGGCAUCUAUCAAUGUAAAGGGAUAACAGCUGCCUUCCUCAUGGCCAAAUGUUUAAAUGAAAUGGAUUUCUUUUGGAGAACUUUAAAUUUUUUCCCAAGUAAUUCUUUUUUCUUUUUGUAGAAGUCGUCUUUUUGAUGUAAGAAAAUGAAAAAACAAUUAGCAUAAAUCUUGGGUGGAAUUGCAGUUCUAGACAAUUCAUAGUCUUAUUUAAUGGAGGAAUAAAUUCCUGUGAGUGGCAUAAAUUUU